CACAAUGUUAUUGUGUGCCAGGCGCGUCCUUCAAGAAUUUGCGGUGUUUGUCCGGUCAACCUACUGCUUUACCUAACAUGUCACCUUCAUAAGCUUCAUCACUUCAUAAUCGAAACAAAUAACAUCUGUUCAGAAUUCGUACCUAGAUAGUAUUUCAAUCCGCUGAUGUAAAAAGCCGCUUUUUGUGCAAUGGAUCCUGGAGCAAAUGAUUAUCCCAGUGGAAACGUGAAUUCAAAUGUACGGAAUAAUUCUUUCCGUAUUUCUCCUGGAAAUCCAUUAGAUAAUUCGAUGAAUAUUAGUGGGCCCUCAUCUGUUGGUUACGCAAAUAACUCUGGUCACGACAAAGAGGGUUUUCUAUGUCUAAAUCGUACUCAAACGGAUUACGUCCAAAAUCAUCAAUACAUCCAGAGUGUCCAUAAUGAUAGCAGUAACAAUAGUCAUUAUUGCGGCAACUUCAACGAGUUCUCUCAGAGUGGUUCUCGGAAACACCCUUUGUCUGGUGUCGUCCGAACCAGAAGACGAAAAGCUGGAAUAAGUGAGGAAGAACGUGUUUGUAUUGUAUGUAGUGAACCAGCAUCUGGCUAUAAUUUUGAUCGUUUGACUUGCGAAAGUUGCAAGGCGUUUUUUCGCAGAAACGCACUCAAGCCUAGGGAUAAAAUAAAAGCUUGUAAUCGAGGUGGGGGGUGUGCUAUUGAAGGCAAUCAACGUAAACACUGCCCUUCGUGCAGGCUUGAAAAAUGUUUGGCUGUUGGGAUGAAAAGAGAGUUGAUACUACCACCUGAAAAACUUGAACAACGAGCUAAACCUCGACGCCGCAAGCACCAUUCUCCUCAGGAUAGCAGUUCCUCACCUCAGAAUUUGUUAACUGGACCUUCUUCAGUUGGCAGUAGUAACACAAAUGCUUAUCCUCCCUAUUUACCAUCUCCUUUAACUACAUCAUCUCACCCACAACAUGGAUCUAGUCAAACAUCUUACAAUUCUUCAUUCAUUUCUGGAGCUAGCAGACCACUACAUCUGAUAAAUCCUGUCAAAUUUUCUAGUUAUGUGAAUUCAACUCAUUGCAGUGACUUAUCAUUAACUACGGAUACAUUUAAUUCCUCUGGUACUUUAGAAACUAAAGAAUGUAACUUCCCAAAUAGUUCAAUAAAAAUCCCUGUAAUUGGAAAAUCCGAUGAAUUAUUUAUGCCACCUGUAAAUCAAGAUCAAAAUCUCAAUGAGAAAUUUUUAUCUCUUGAAUCAUCUCAACAGUCAGAUAGUGUAAGUAAAAUACACAUCAUUUGUUCCUAUGCAUAUAUACAAAACUGAACCAUGUUUUCGAAGAUAUUUUAGUGAUUUUGAAACAUGAUUAAUGAAUUUCGAUCUCCCAGACCGUUAUCUUAUCUCAAUUAGUAUUUCAUCAUUGCACACACCCAACGCUUUUCACUUUUGAACAGGAGGCUUUUAGAUAUAACACCGAUUGUGCUGCCCCUCAGAUCGUUCAAUUGCAAGGCUCUCUUCAGAAAGAUUGAUGUUGAGCCUAUUUGUAAUGCUUUCACUUGCACACUGUAUAAUGAAGUGUGGCGUUUUUGUUCUAAUUUGUGUUUUUUAGACAGGAUACAACGAAAUUACAGAGAUACUUAUAAAUUAUUGACAUUAUCCGUUUAAUCAUAUACUUAAGCCUGUCACCCGUCAUGGAGGAGCAUGGGCUGCCCACCAGCAUUCUCCAACCAACUCUGUCCUGGGCAAUCUCUUCCAGUUACUGUUCAUUCUUUUGAUAUCUGCCUCUAAUUCCCGACGCAUUGUGUUUCUUGAUCUUACUCUUUUCUUUUUAUCUUCAUGAUUCCAAGUUAGCGCUUGCUUUGUGAUGCAGCUUGAUUUCUGCAAUAUAUGUCCUGUCCACCUUCAGUGUCUUUUUGACUAUAAUGCUCCCCUUCACUCUCUUGUUUGCCUCUGUGUAUUCACUCUGUGCCUUGAUUUUCUCUGCUCUUGUUCGACUGUUGUUCAUUGUCUUCUUAUCUUUUCUUUCUUGAAUCCUGUCCAGGUCAUCGAUAGAGAUCUAUUCUUUAUGAUGACGCGUCUUGUGGCCCACAACUAACACCUUGAAGUUAGUGCUACUUUGAUACCUUUCCAGUUGUUCCCCAUUGUAGUUUUUUCUCCUUUGAGUAGAUCUUGUAAGGUUUGGGACCUGUUAAGCUCGUCGAGUUUGUCAGUAUCUCAAAGGAAGAUUUUAUUAGACAUUUGAAAUGCUGUUUGUUCAGUGCUUCUUUAGCUUCAGUUUCAUCUUGGUCACAAUCAGGUGGUGACAUCAACAUCUGAGGGGAGCAUGGGAUACAUUGGGCAGCUAGGAUGCAGCUGGACGAUCUGGACUUCGCAGAUGAUCUGGCUCUUCUAUCACACACGCAACAAAAAAUGCAGGAGAAGACAACCAAUGUAGCAGCAGCCUCUGCAGCAGUAGGUCUCAAUAUACACAAAGGGAAAAGCAAGAUUUUCCGAUACAACACAGCAUGCAACAAUCGAAUCGCACUGGACGGAGAAGCUUGGGAGGAUGUAAAAGCCUUUACAUACUUAGGCAGCAUCAUUGAUGAACAGGGUGGAUCUGAUGCAGAUGUGAAGGCGCGGAUCAGCAAAGCAAGAGCAGCAUAUUUACAACUGAAGGACAUCUGGAACUCAAAGCAACUGUCAACCGACACCAAGGUCAGAAUUUUCAAUACAAAUGUCAAGACAGUUAUACUGUAUGGGGCGGAGACCUGGAGAACUGCGAAAGCCAUCAUCCAGAAGAUACGAAUGUUUAUUAACCGUUGUCUACGCAGAAUACUUCGGAUCCGUUGGCCAGACGCUAUCAGCAGCAACCUACUAUGGGAGAGAACAAACCAGAUCCCAGCGAGGGAAGAAAUCAAGAAGAAGCGCUGGAAGUGGGUAGGACACAUAUUGAGGAAAGCACCCAAAUGCGUCACAAAGCCAUCCCCCACAUGAAAUCCUCAAGGCCAAAGGAAGAGAGGAAGACCAAAGGACACAUUACGCCGAGAAAUGGAGAUAGAAACGAGAAAAAUGCACAAAAAUUGGAUACAACUGAAAAGGAAGGCCCAGGACAGUGGGUUGGAGAAUACUGGUCGGCGGCCUAUGCUCCAUUGGGAGUAACAGGGGUAAGCAAGUAAGUAAGGUGGUGAUCUAAAUCUAUAUCAGCUUCUCUCCUGGUUCUUAUGUCUUCCAUUGUCCUUAUGAACUGUUUAGUGAUACAGAUAUAAAUUACCUGGUUCUCCGUGGUGUGAUCCGGUGAGAUCCAUGUAGCCUUGUGUAUGCGUUUGUGGGGGAAUAUUAUACCACCUGUAACCAUUUUAUCGAAGGCACAUAAAUUUACAAAUUUCUCACCAUUUUCGUUUCUUUCUCCCAAUCCAUGCCGUUUAGGUCUUUCAUCAGGACGGUUAGGUCUUUUCCUGAGCUCUUCUCUAUGAUCGAUUACAGCCUCUCAGAAAACUGAUCUUUAUCGUCGUCUUUGCUAUCACUCGUGGGUGCAUUACACUGAACAACAUUCAUUGUAAUUUCCUCCUUUGUUUUGAAAGACGCUUUGAUGAUGCUUGAUCCAUGAGAGUCCCAUCCUCUAAGUGCUUCCCGGGAUUCUUUGUACGGCAACUUCCUGAGUGUGUGGGGCAUUUUCUUCGUGAACGGAGUAAAGUACCAUCUCUCUCCAAUCUAUUUUUUUUGUCCAGCUUGGUUCCAAUGGGUUUCACUCAUUCGGAGAACUACCACGUAGUAUCUACUCACUUCCACAGCAAUUUGAUUGGUCCUCCUGGUCUCCGACAUUGUACAGACACUUCAUGCACAUGUAUUAAUUGUUGCUCUGGUUGUUGGAAGGGACAUUGACCUCAUGACUUCUGAAGAAUAUAGGCUUUCACCAUGAGAUGUCAUAAUUCUUAUAAACGAAGGUCCUUCGACCUUCAGGACAGAGUUUAAAUUAUUCGUUCUGGUUAGCGCUUUUUAGAAAGGCUUUCUCGUACGAGAUGAAGUUACUGAUUCUUUCCACAACCCUCCUUUAUCUGAGCUUGGGACCUGCAGUAACCCUAGAACGUCUACAAUCUGAUUUAAUUCGAUAGUAUGAUAAUCCUUAUUCCUUAUAGUAUACAUGCAUUUAUUUAAUUAUUUUAUUUAACAAUUUGAGCAAGGUGUUUAUAAAUUUAUGGGCUAAUGUUCAACCAACUUAGUAACUGAUUAUCAUUUAAAACUGUCUCAUAGAUUCUUGAUUUGUAUAUUCCAUCUUAUGCUUUUAUUAUUCAAUACAGCAGUUGGAUAGACCUUUUAUGAGUCUGUAUUACCUGGUUCCGUUGGUAGCCAAUCUUAAUGUAGUCAGUAAUGUCCAUUAAUUCUAGAGAAAUACCAAGAUAUUUUGGUCUUUUCUAAUCAACCAACAUUCUCCUUUGCAGCCCAUACAUGCACACUAUAAGUAAGAUUCUUCCUAAAUUUCUAUCUCUACGCUUAAAUGAGUAGGCGCUGAGUAAGAUAAUAUUUUUUCUUGUAAUUAGAGUUGUCGCUUACCAUAAUUGGGUAGUUUUCAGAGCACAAUCACAACACAGGUGCCUGUUAUCUGUUCACUGUUUUAAAAUAUGAAAAUCACUAUUCAAUUGACUCUUCUUGGCUCGUCUGUCCAAUCAAAAAGUGGAUUCUGCUUUUAUGGCUACACGUUUGCGGCAAUUGUGGUUAUUGUGGUUGUACCUCGAGACUACAUCCAAGAAAUGACGUUCAUUCCGACGUAAAACCUUGCGGACCUGUUUAAUUGGGUAGAUAAUGUCGAUUGAGUAACUUGGAUGUUGUGUAUGUACAUUUAAGAGAAAAUUAAUGGAAAAGAAUAUGACAUCAGAAGAUACCAGAAAGAAAGCUAAUUUUGGGGUGAAAGCAAUGAAAUAUUAGUAAAAGUAUGUGGAGAAGUGAGGAAGUUGUUAAUUGAUUUCGAUUAGAAAUUAUACUAUUAUCAGCCAGUUAGUUUGCUCUGUAACUUUUAAGUUCAAAUCACUCACAAUCUUUUCAAAAAUACUUGAUUUCGUUUUCGUACAGCCGAGUUUAUACUUUCAAAAGUGGAAUAGUCGAGAUGAGGAUAAUUCGAGACAACGAUGUUUAUUAACGUAGGCCCCCUCCUCAUUGAGGAGGGAGGAUAUCUGGGAGGGUUGGUUACUCUUUAAAGAUUUUACCUUUGUUACAUCUAUAAUUACAACCAUUAGUAAGCUUUUCUUCAUGAAUCAAAAGUUUUCCGAUUUCUGAAGAUGAGAAUGACCUAAAUAGGAUUAAUCAUUCACAUAAGGAGUCACGUCUAGCAUCGGAAUAGUUUAUGGAUGAUAUUUUAAUACAACAAGACAUGGUUAUACUCCAUAGUUUGUGUCAUACCGCACUGUUAAAUAAUUUGACCGCAUAUUUAAGUUUCCUCUUACACUUAAUGAUCAUAUUAUUCAGGUAGAAAUUUUCAAGCUUUGGAAUGGCGGGAAUUUGAAACGUUCGGCUUCUGUAAAUCUUGAAAUUGUAGUGUGAAAACGGUGGUUUAGUGGUUAAAGUACUCGGUUUUCAACCGUGUUGUAAAGCACGUCAUAGGCUGUGUCUCACACAGUGUCGCAAGUCUAGUGGUCGCACUUUUUGUCAACACCGCAGUUGUCGACUUCGUUCUCGGAAACGUCGACUACGACGACAACGUACUUUGUCUGGGUCUAAAUGUUUUCGUUCUCCUCUUAUGCAUAUAACUUCACCGGAUCCUCACCUAUUAAGUUGUUUGCAAGGUUGUGUUCAUCGUAUCCGAGAACCAUUUACCCCGGAUGAACAACUCGAAACUGGUAUUGCUGUCACAUUGGAACAAGAGUAUAAUCGAAUGGAUGCAUGCAUUCGGAGGAUAAUACGGGUUGUUAAACAGUUGCCUUAUUUUAGUGAAGUUGGUAAACCUGCUCAACUAAGUUUGUUAAGAACAAACAUUUACGGAUUGAUUGUACUAUAUUCGUCUUUUUUCUUCGAACGUGAUAUUCGAAAAUUAAGAUAUCCUGUAUUACAAACUGAUGGUCAGUUAACCACCGUAACAGUUCCAAUGCUGGAUGAAGUAGCCACUCCUAGCACCUCUUUGAAUGAUCCAGACAAUGUGAUCUCUGGAUCAUGUUCUAAAUUGCUUCAAAGUAAUAGUUUCCGAUCAUUUUCACGUUGUCGUUCUAAUCAAGCAAACUAUGCUAUGGGUUUACGUGAAGAAUUUGAAUUGUAUAAAUCGAAUACCGUCGCUGCUUUUGAUCAUUUAGAUGAGUUAGUUGGUUCAGACGAUAUUCUUCGAAUGUCUGUUUUAGCCAUCAAACUAUUCUCUGAUAAUUCUCUUUCUGAAGAUCUACGUCCUCCUGUGUUUGCCGCUAGACAGGCCUAUACUUUAUUUCUUUGGAAUUAUAUUCGUUGGCAAGCAGGCUCUAAACGUGUACGGUCUGCCACCGAACUUUACGCCCGUAUCUUAAUAGCUUUUAUUGAUUUACGAACCCUGGAAAUUCGUAUGACAGAAUUCGCUAAACUACUCAGUUUAGAUGGCCUCAGUCCAUUAAUGCGUGAGGUUUGUAGUCAACGAAGCAAUUUAGGCUCAACUUCCGCAUAAAACUUUAUAAGCAAUCAAAUAUUCGUUAAAAGUAACAACGAUGUGUUAUCCGAAAUAAACAGUUUAUCUACAACCUUCCUUUUAUAAACUUAUUCUGUAUAGUAUGAACAACAACAUUUUGUUUCGUUUUGAUUUAUUAUUUGUGUUGGGAAAAAGACAAAAAUGAUUAAAAUUUGCAUAUUAUAUUAUUAUUGUAUUCAUAGAAAGUGAAUAGUUGUACACCAUUACUAACACAAUAUCUGUUAUUACUGUUUACUUAACUUUUAAUACUGCAACUAUUACUACUACUUCAACUACUUAUUGGUCCGUCUUUCGUCUAAUAAUAUAAGAAAUGAAUUGAUCUCCUUUCUUUGAGUUCAGACUGUGUAGAAAUGAAAUCUAUUUGGUAACUGUGAUUGUGCACUAAUCUGUAGGUCUUUUUGUAUAAAUGUGUGUCCACUGGGCACUGGUAUUUAUACAUUCAUCAUUGUGAUUGCAAAAAUAAUUAACAAUUCUAUUUCGGGAGUGUUGUUGUGUUUUGUUCCUUUUUAUUACUGGCUAAAAGAAUGAAGUAGAGAAGUAGUGUUUUCACAUUUAUUUAUUUAUAAUUUUAACAAGAUUCUGUAUUUGAUGGGUUAUGUUUUUUUGUCCUGUUUAGUAUUUUGUUUAUGUUUGCUUUUACGUGUUCCAAUUUCCUGUUUAUUCCCACUACAUCUUAUCUACAAUUCUACCCGACUAUCCACCUUCUUGAGCUUAUGCUGUACUCACUAUACUCCUUGUGUUAAUCUUAAACAGGUAAUUAAGUAUUCUGUAAACAAUAGAUGCUUUUGUUAUAACUACCUCAGUUUGCAGUGAUGUUUGUAAUGGUACUAUACUACCCAACAGUAAACGUAUAUUUAUGUAAAGUGCUAGUCAAUUAGGUUAUUUGGACAUUAUAUAAAUCGUAAUACUAAUAAUAAUUUAUUUGCUUUCAAUUUCUCUUUUUAAAGUAUAAAUAUUUAUAUAAACUAUAAAAUAUGUGUUCCCUUCAAAUAUAUAUUUCUCACCUAUUUGUUCGUAGUUUUAUUGGGUAACUCCGUCGUAACAAAGACAAGUGUUUGCGCUACUGCUUAAUUCGAAAGGAUUCAUAGAUUCUCCAUUUAAGUAUAUAUGAUAUAUUAUGAUAUUCAACUUGUUUGCUCUAUGACAUGGGGAUUUACAGUUAGAUUUGGGAGGUAAUUCGAUUCAAGUUGAGUUUGCUUUGACGAUUCAUAAGAAAACGUUUUGUCAUUUGAAUGUUAACAAUCGUGAAUCGGUCACACUACUCGCGAUUUUAUUAUCAAAAGGACGAAAUAUGAAAAAGAAUCACAAACGAUAGCAUACCAGAAAGGGAUAAAUGUAUCAAGUAUCAUCAAUUACCUGUGUGUUCAUACGGAAAAUUAUUCAUUACUGAAAUAGAUUUAAAGUCAUAUCACGUGUAUUAAGUAUCGUCAAACCUAAGACUAUGAGAAUGUUGCUUCUCAUUUACGUUAUGAGUAAUAAUUUGGUAAUGCAAUUACUCUUCAAUCAUGACACUAAAUGUCAUGAUCUUAAAUAGUUUAGUCUUAACUCUUAGGAAACUUAGCGCAUACGUACUGUUUCCCUUUUGUACCAUCAGUAAAUUAUACUUAAUCUCUACCUUGUGUUCGUUGAAUUUGUCCAUACAUAUUUAUUAGUUAAUUCGCUUCUUGAGUCUAAAUUAUGCUUACUCCUUACUGUUCUAAGAUUAGGAAAGUAACUAAUCUAUAAAGUAUUCUAUACUCAUUGGAAGCAUAUCUUACGAUGUAUAUAUUGUUUCUCUGUUUGAUUCAGUCGGAUUGAAUUAAAAGACAAUUUGUUGAGGAAGACACUAUAUGAUACAGGCGUGUGAGCUAGUCAUUAUUUUGCAGAAUAGUGUACUCUUAUUCUCAUACUUGCAAUUAUAAUUUGGCAAAUUGUUGAAUAAGAAAUUGAUCUGUGUUAAACACAGUAGUUUCUUUCCGACAUUUUGGCUUACGCCUUGAUAAAUGAAACGUUUUGACGGAAAUAUUGAAUUUGGUAGCUAAACGUGUACCUCUCUGUUAAUCUCAUUUAUUUUGAAAGAAACGCCUUUGGGUGGUAUAGCAGAAGACAUCAACUGGUCUGUCUGAAGAAAUUUAACCUCAGAUUUUCAUAAAAGCGAUAUAAGCGAAAACACCUUUUCAACAGCACUUAAGAAAUAUCAAUGAACAGAAAGUAAAGAAGAUAUCAUUUUUUUGUUUUAGGAAGUUAAUGUAAAUAUUAUUUCGUGUAAAUUUAUUUAUGCACAUAUUGUACAUGAUUCAUAAUUUCUAAGAUAUUCUGAUUAGAAACCAUCUUAGAUGAUGUAAGAUAAAAUUUUCUCAGUUCUGAUACGAAAACUAUUUGUAACUCAGAAAGCUCAAUAUUAAAGCACUCAGCUCUAUAGUGCCUAGUAUCUCCUCUGUGGUUAUCAAAUGAUAACAUCUUUUUAUCAUAAUUAGACACACACACCCCCAAAGAAAAGAAAGAUCGUUCAAGGUAAAUAUUCAUGACAAAUUUUAUCAAAUUCAUUACAUACAUUUAAAUCGUUGUAUAAAGUAUAUGGUCUACUACAUAAAUUGAAAUGUUUCAGUAUUGGUUCUUGAUUAAUAAUCCAAAUAUAUUUAUCUAGUUUUUAGCUUAUUAAUUCCGAUUGUUUUCUUUUUAACAGUUAAUUAUUAUUAAUAAAUACAAACUUCCAGAUAUGUGAUUUUGAAGGUUUAUACUUCGAUCUAGUGAUAAAUACAAAUACUGACUUAUCUCCAGCGUAGGUGAUACACUUACUACUUGCAAUCAACUGAAGUAGAUAAAUUUAAUUUCCCUUUACCUAUUUGCAUUGUUGAACAAGUAGAUGUAGUUUUCUAGUAUUCUGAAUAUAAAUACAUUGCAGUGCAGCUGAUAACUUUCGUCAUAAUUACUUAUGUUUUAGCUGGUAUAUAUACAAAACCUUAUUGCGCAAUUUGACUUGUAAAUACCUUUAUGUUUUGUAAAGAUUCAAUUUCUACUUGAAGAUGAUUUUACCAAACAAUAGUCUUAAGCAUUAUAUCAAACUGUUGGGAUAUUCAGGGAAAUAUCCCAAAAAUUAUCCUGUUAAGCCUAAUGCUAUCCUUGGACAUGAAAUGGUAUCUUAUUGGUCAAUAUUUAUUUAACGUGUUAUUUUCCUGUUGGCCAAUAUUGUACA